GACGUGUUGAGUAGGACCGGACUAAACAAGUUUUUUUCUGCUUACCUGGUUCUGCUUACUCACAGGCAUGGCUUCCCUCCUGUCCGAGGAGCAGUUCCAGUGCUGCAUCUGCCUGGACAUCUUCACCAACCCCGUGUCCAUCCCGUGCGGCCACAACUUCUGCCUGGCCUGCAUCAAAUGCUACUGGGACACCCGCGAGCACUUCGAGUGCCCCCUCUGCAAGGAGAGCUUCCGCCGUCGGCCAGAGCUACGCAUCAAUCGUGCUUUUAAGGACAUCACUGAGCACUUCAAGAGGUCCCUAAAGGUCAAAGCCCAGCAGGCGGAUGAAGGAGUAUUAGCGUCACAGUGUUCACCAGGGCUCAGUCCUGAGCCCAAUGCAGUUUCCUGUGAUGUCUGUACCGGGAUGAACCAGAGAGCUGUUAAGUCCUGUCUGGUGUGUCAGGGGUCGUACUGCAAGAACCACCUGGGGCCUCACCAGAGAGAGCCGGCCCUCCAGAGGCACAGGCUGACUGACCCAGCAACCUUCGCCACGCCAGGCCUGUGCCGGAAGCACGAGAGGCCCCUGGAGCUGUUCUGCAGGAACGACCAGACACCGGUGUGUGUGAGAUGCACCGAGACCGACCACAAGGGCCACAACACUAUCUCUAUGGAGAGAGAGAGCAAGAAGAUGAGGACUCAGAUGAAGAAGACUGAAGGAGAUCUGUUGAAAAUGGUUCAGGACAGACUGAGGAAGAUGGAUGAGAUCAAACACUCAGUGGAGCUCAGCAGAAUAAGUGCUGAAAAAGAGAUUGAGGGCAGUGUACUAGUCUUUAGAGAACUGGUGUGCUCCAUCAAGAGAAGCCAGGCUGAGCUCAUCGUGGUGAUUGAGGAGAAGCAGAACGCAGCAAAGAGGCGUGCUGAAGGGCUCAUCAAUGAGCUGGAGCAAGAAAUCAUUGAGCUACAGAGAAGAAGCGCUGAGCUGGAGCAGCUCUCACACACUGAGGACCACCUACACCUCCUACAGUGUUUUCCGUCUCUCUCCACUCCUCCAACCACCAAGGACUGGUCUGAGAUCAGUGUAUACUCUGAUCUAUGUGUGGACACUAUGAGGGCUGCUAUAUCUCAGCUUGUGGACACCUGCAGAGACUUCGAAAAGAGAUUGUGUGAAGUUGAGCUGAGGAGAACCCAGCAAUAUGCAGUGGACGUCACUCUGGAUCCAGUCACAGUCGCCUCGUGGCUCGUCCUGUCCUCCGAUGGGAAGCAGGUGAGUCUGGGAUACCAGCAGAACAGCUCCCUUCCUGCUGACCCUCGGAGGUUUGACUCUUGCGUCUGUGUGCUGGGAAAACAAGGCUUUGCCACCGGGAGGCGCUACUGGGUAGUCCAGGUGGGCGACAAGACGGACUGGGAUGUGGGCGUGGCUAAAGAGUCUGUCAACAGGAAGGGGAGUGUCACGGUGAGGCCGGACCAAGGCUACUGGGCUGUGUGCCGGAGGAAAGGCAGCCAUCUUAGCGCGUGCGCCGGGCCAUCUGUCCCCCUUCACCUGAGAAAGAAGCCGCAGAAGGUUGGCGUAUUUGUGGAUUACGAGGAGGGAUUGGUCUCCUUUUACAACGUGGAGGCGAAGGCUCAUAUUUAUAGUUACAGGGGAUGUGGCUUCAUUGAGACACUGUAUCCGUAUUUUAACCCCUGUCUCCAUGACGAUGGGAAGAACACCGCCCCAUUGGUUAUCUGUUCCGUGGAAGGGGAGGCAGGACCUAUACAGGAAGCUGUGAGGUCUAACGUCCCGCCCGCGGCCCUGUCGUUGGCUGGGAGGAGCCGUCAAUCAUCCGUUGGCUCUGUUUCGCAUCACUUCUGAGACUGUUGUCUGACAGGGGAUCUUCUCUCAGAGACUUGAGAGAUACUUCUGAAAAAUACUACCUUCAUUGAUCGACAGAACCAAUAAUGCAUAUCUGAGAUCAAUCAGAACUUGGCAAUGACAUGAGCAUAAAAGUUAAAUAAUGAUUUUCUAUCCACAUUUGGUAGAAUUGCUUUUUUAAUUUUUCAAAGCUUAAUGUGCAACAGGUGUAACUAAAAAUCCCCUUGAGAUUGUUUUCUUACUAGCUUUCUAUAUAUAUAUAUAUAUAUAUAUCAUUUAUAUGAGAGGACAGAGAGAAAAGGGAGGAAAGGGAGGAGUUUGGAACAGGUAAGCGGUUGCGGGCAAAAGAAAACAGACGUUGUAUGAUGCUCGUGACACGAUUAAACGUCUGUUUGAACACAGGGGUUCCCUGAGAGAGAGAAAGAGGGCAGGGUUAGAGAGCGGGAAAUGAAAGAGAGGAAAGGAGGGAGAGAG